CCGUAGGCGUUGGGGAAGAGAAAAGGAGAGCUUUCCACCGUUUACCUAUCGACCGAACUCUCCCUCCCACCGCUAUGGGCUUUACCAUCACCAAGUCUUCGGAAUCGCCGGUCCGGCCGGCCGAGCCGACGCCGUCCGGGACGCUGCCGCUCUCGUGGCUGGACCGGUACCCGACGCACCGGGGCCUGGUGGAGUCGCUCCACGUGUUCAAGCACGGCCGCGAACCGGCCAGGUCGAUAAGGGAAGCCAUGGCCAAGGCGCUGGUCCUCUACUACCCCCUGGCCGGCCGGAUCGUCGAACCGGAGGGGGUAGAGGCGCGGAUCGAGUGCACCGGCGAAGGGGUCUGGUUCGUGGACGCGUCGGCCGACUGCAGCCUGGAGGACGUCAAUUACCUUGAGCGCCCCUUGCUCAUACCCCAAGAAGACCUGGUGCCCUACACCAAACUGGAAAUCGAGCCAGCCGAUACCAUCAUGAUGGUUCAGGUCACGGAAUUCAGAUGCGGCGGAUUCGUGGUGGGUCUCAGGUUCAACCACGCGUCGGCCGACGGACUGGGAGCGGCGCAGUUCAUCAACGCGGUCGGAGAGAUUGCCCGAGGGCUUCCAGAGCCCGCCGUGAAGCCAGUCUGGAACCGAGAGGCCUUCCCCAACCCAAAGAUCAAGCCUGGGCCUCUUCCAGACCUCCCCAAACUGGCUUUAGAGUACUCUGCAGUCGACUUCCCCUUGGAUUACAUCAACCAGCUGAAGAACAGCUUCAUGGAGCACACCGGCCGAAGAUGCUCCACCUUCGACGUGCUGACCGCCAAGGCCUGGCAGUGCCGGACCAAAGCUCUUAAACUGUCGCCCGAAGUCGACGUCCGGCUCUGUUUCUUCGCAAGCGUUCGCCAUAUUUUGAAGCUUGACAGGGGUUACUACGGCAACUGCAUCUUUCCCGUGAAAAUGAUGGUGCCCAGUGGGAAGGUCGUCCGGUCAUCGCUUGUGGAGGUGGUGGAUUUGAUCAGAGAUGCCAAGGACAGGAUGGCGGCCGAGGUCUCAGCGUGGGCAAAGGGAGAUGUCGACGGGGAUCCGUUUAGCAUGACAUUUAACUAUGAAACGAUAUAUGUCUCGGAUUGGACCAAGCUGGGAUUCUCCGAGGUGGAUUACGGAUGGGGUACGCCGAUGUACGCUGGUCCCCUGACGAACAAUGACUUCAUCGCCUCGUUGAUCCUUUUGAAGUCGCCGGCGCCAUUGGAGGGCGCUCGUAUGAUGACAAGAUGCGUUUCCAAGGAACACAUAGAGGCCUUCAAUGACCUUAUCAUGAACUUGGAUUGAAGUGUAUUGAGACCGAGUAGAUGUUUCUACUUUGAAGAAUAAGCUGUGUGGAGGCAUAAUUGCCAUAUGAUAUAUGUGGCCUUAUCAUUUAGCUUUUUUUUUUAUUCUUCUUCUUCUAAACUGAUAACCGAAGUCUGUUUAUUUGCUUAUAAAGCAACGAGAGAUAUGUACACUAGUUCUAUUUUUUUAUUAGAAAAAAGAGAAGAAGUUGUUCCUAAUUCUGUUUAA